AUCGCAAUGGGAGUACAACGGUUGUUGCCGUCCUGUGAAAGGAAUUUUAAAGUUCCUGAAGUCUGAGGGGCGAAAAGAGUAAGAUAUUUCUGAAAGAGUCACCAAACUGGACCUGAGGUCUGAGGAUUUCAUGGAGACACUAAAGAUGGCAGCUCUUGAAACAACUCUCCUUACUUUAGCAGCAGUCCUCCUACACAUGGCGAGAUGUCAUGGAAAUAUGGGAAAAGGAAAAGACAGCUCGCCGCUGAGGUUCACACACCACCUCUACAACACCACCAUCAACGAGAACUCUGCCCCGCGGACGUACAUUGAGACGCCAGUGAAGAUGGGCAUUGAAGUGACAGAUCUGUUCUGGGAAAUCAAAUAUAGUGUCGUCUCAGGUGAUGACGACGGCCUUUUCCAAGCAGAGGCAGUAAAAGUUGGAGAUUUCUGCUUCCUCAGGAUCAAAACACGCAGCAGUAACUCAGCUCAACUCAACAGGGAGGUCAGGGACACUUACACUCUCACCGUGGAGGCAACUGAAAACACUUAUAACUUCCAGGCAAAGACAAAGGUUUUUGUCCAGGUGCUUGACACCAACGACCUAAAGCCUCUUUUCUAUCCUGCCUCGUACAACGUGGCCAUCAGGGAAGACACUCCACUCAAGUCCAGUGUGGUCAGAGUUAGUGCUACAGACGCCGACACUGGAAGCAACGCUGAGUUUUAUUACUCUUUCACCAGCAGAGCUCAUCCGUUUGUCGUUGACCCUUUCACAGGCACAGUCAGCCUCAUCAAGAAGCUCAAUCACACGCGCACAGAGAGAUACGACCUUACUGUUUUAGCUGAGGACAGGACAAAAAAGAUGUCUGGUGUUCAGAAAUUUGGUAAUGUUGCCAGGGUUACGGUAAAUGUACAAAAGAUAUCCAUGGGGUCUCCAGUUAUCACACCUCCCCACACACCCACAGUCUCUACAGACGGCAAAAUAACUAUCAAUGUCCACGUGGAGGAUGGAGUAAAGCCUGUGGAAUCCCUUAAUAUUGUUGGAGGGGAUCCCCACAAGUGUUUUGAGAUAAUCCCCUUAGGUGUGCAGGGCAAUGACUUCCAAGUGAUCUCUACAAAGAGGAUUAUCUGGUCUCAAACUCCUUUUGGGCUGAAUUUGUCGCUUCAAGCUAAAGAUAGGAGCUUCCCGAGUUUACUCUCUCCAAUUGCACAAAUACACAUUCCAGCCGAUCUUUACAGCCCUUUGGCAUUUAUUGAAGACACCUACAUUGUCACACUGAGUGAAUUUUCACCCCCUAAAGCUCAUGUAGUUAAGGUUUCCGUUACCCCAGUCCCUUAUAAUGUUACCUUUGCUAUCAAAAAUAAUCCAGACAGCAGUAAAUUCAAGAUAAAUCCCAAAACAGGAAUUAUCAUAACAACAGAGAAAUUGGACUAUGAGAUAAAGGAUCGGUAUGAGUUUGAUGUAGUAGCCAAUUAUGGUGAAGCCGAGACUCACAUAGUGGUUGAGGUAACGGAUGAAAACGACAACAGCCCACAGUUCACCCGCACCUCCUAUCAGGCCACACUGGAUGAAAACACCCCCGUUGGCAGCAGUGUUUUGAAAGUAGCAGCCACAGACAAAGAUAAAGGCAAAAAUGGAUUUGUGACUUACUCUAUUGCCAACUCAGGCCCCUUACCUUUCACAAUAGACUCAUUCACAGGUGUUAUCUCAACUUCCGAACACUUAGACUACGAGCUGAUGAAACGCCGGUACCACCUGAGAGUUUGGGCCUCAGACAGCGGCAGCCCCUUCAGUCAGGUCAGUGAAUGCCCCGUGACGAUAACCCUGAACAACAUGAACGAUAACAUCCCUCUGUUCGAAAGGGUGGGCUGCAACAUCACAGUACCUGUAGAUUUACCCGUGGGGCACACAAUCGUUGAGCUUUCAGCCAUUGAUAUAGAUGAGCUGCAGCAGCUGAGGUAUGUCAUCGAGUCAGGAAAUGAGCUCCAAGUAUUUGGUAUUGAUCCAGUAUCAGGAGCCAUCUCCCUUAAGCAGCCGAUUCCCCUGCGAGCGGGUUCGUACACUUUGAGAGUUCUUGCCACAGAUGGCAAAUAUUCCUCUGAAGCUUCAGUUGUCAGGGUAACUAUCACUAACAAAGGUGAUGAUGCAACGCUCCACUGCCAGGAAACAGGCGUCUUCAAACAGCUGACCGAUAAACUGAUAGAGUCAAUCAAACCCAUUUUAACCAAUCUAGAGGAAGACAGGUUCUCAGAUGUUCACAUCACCAACCGACAUUCUCCCAAGUUUGAUUUGAGCAUCCCGAGUUCAAUUGACGUCAUUGAGGACCAUCCACUGAAUUCCACCAUUGUUCAGUUCAAGGCAACAGACACUGACACUGGGUUUAAUAGUAAGCUGGUAUACGCCAUUUCAAGCGGGAAUGAGGAUGGCUGUUUCUCCAUUGACACUUUCUCUGGCGAGCUUUGCUUAGUUUGCCCAUUAGACAGAGAGAGUAAAGAGUUUUACAUUUUGAACAUCACUGUUUAUGAUUUGGGAACACCACAAACAUCUGCAUGGAAGUUCAUCGCAGUCAAUGUCAUGGACGUCAACGACAAUCCUCCUGUUUUUGAUCAGCCGAGAUAUGUGAUACGUGUGCCUGAAAACACGGAGGUGGACUCCAUUAUUUUUACAGCUCGUGCAAUAGAUCUUGAUGUAGAUAUGAGCGGUAAUGUCCAAUACUCCCUGCUGACAUCAACUGAUAUGUUCAGAAUUGAUGAACAGACUGGUGAGGUGACUGUGACGGGGCGUUUGGAUCGAGAAACCUCUCCCAGGCAUGACCUCUGGAUCAAGGCCAGGGACCAAGCCAAACUCGGCCCUCAGUUGUUCUCCACGAUUGACCUUGUGGUGGUUUUGCAAGACAUAAAUGACAAUCCACCCAAAUUUGUACCAAAAGUUUACAAAAUAAAAGUUCCAGAGGAUGUACCCGUGGGCACUCUCCUCGUCUGGGUUGAGAGCGUUGACUUGGAUCUGGGCAGUGGAGGCCUCGUCACCUACAACCUUAAAAAUACAGAAGGCGGGAUCUUUCAUCUCGACUCCUCUACAGGUGCCUUGACCCUCGAGAGGGAAUUGGACUUUGAGAGGCGGCCAAUUUACAACCUCACGGUCCGGGCCGUGGAUCACGGCCUCCCUCGCUCCCUCUCCUCCUCUUGCUUUGUGGAGAUUCAGGUUCUGGAUGUCAACGAGAACGUCCACAGGCCUGUGUUCUCAAAGUUUGUGUAUGAAGCCGGAGUGAUGGAGGAUGCAGCUGUGGGGACACCGGUGGUCACGCUUACAGCUUCAGACAAGGAUCUGGGCAGAGAUGGAGUUGUCAGGUACCACAUCCAUGGGGGUUCUGGUCUUGGAGUGUUUGCCAUUGAUGAGGAAACAGGUGUGAUUCGUACAACAGAGACUUUGGACCGCGAGAUGAUGCCUCACUACUGGCUUUCUGUCUACGUCACUGAUCUGGGGACUGAGCCCCUGAUCUCAUGGAUUCAUGUCUUCCUGGAGGUCCUGGACGUUAACGACAACGCUCCAGAACUUUCUCAGCCAGUGUAUUUUGCAUCCGUCCAGGAGAAUGUGGACAAGGUCAAGUCCGUCGUCCAGGUGUUGGCCAAAGAUGUGGACACUUCUUCUGAGGGGAAGCUUUCCUUUCAAAUGCUGGAAUCUCACCGGACGUACUUUGAUGUGGACCCCAAAACAGGUGUUAUCAGCACUCUCUUGGCCUUGGAUCGGGAGGACAAACCAGAACACACCAUUGAGGUAAUCGUUGUAGAUAAUGGAUCCCCGUCACUGCGCUCCACCGCCACCGUCGUGAUCCGAAUUCUAGAUGCCAACGACAACCGACCAAAGUUCACAGACAAACUUUUCCACGUCAAGCUGCCUGAACAGCGCUUCCAGGCAGGUAAACAGGAAGUCUGCAGGAUGGUCGCCCGUGAUGACGAUGAGGGCUCAAACGCUGUGGUGGCCUACAAGCUCCAAGACAACAGGGACGAGCGUUUUGAGAUUGACUCAGUGACGGGUGUGGUGACAUCGCACGGCGAUUUCUGGCCUGGAAACUACAGUAUUCUCACGAUUAAAGCUACAGACCAGGGCACCCCGUCCCACUCGUCUACAGCGAGACUUGACAUAGAGUGGAUCGCCCGCCCACAGCCCUCUGCUGAGCCAAUCACGUUUGAUGAGCCCCUCUUCACCUUUGCUGUCAUGGAAACGGAGCCUAUCACUCACAUGGUGGGCAUCAUCAUGACGGAGACCCAUCGGCAGAGGUGGUUUGACAUCAUAGGUGGCGAUGAGGAAAAGGACUUUGACAUCCAGAGAAAUACAGGAACCAUCUCAAUUGCCCGCCGGCUCGAUGCGGCUCGACGCUCCAACUACAACAUCACGGUGCGGGUUACCGAUGGCCACCACAACGCCACCACACAGGCUUACAUCCGUGUGCUGGACAUGAAUGAGCAUCGUCCUGUCUUCCUGAAGAAGCUGUACGAGGUGAGGGUUCCUGAGGAUACUUCCCCUUGGAAAGACAUCCUGCAAAUCAGUGCGCACGACGCCGACACCAACAGUAAACUGGUGUACUCCAUCCACAGCAGCCUACAUCCAGACAGCACCAAGUUCUUCCAUCUGGACCCAAAGAGUGGAGUCCUGGUGAUGACAGAGGAGCUUGACUAUGAGAUGAUCUCUGUUCAUACCCUCAUCGUUAUGGUGCGUGACCAGGAGAUCCCAGUGAAGAGAAAUUUUGUGAAGGUGGUGGUUCAUGUGGAGGACUGUAAUGACCACUCUCCGGCUUUCCUAAGCCCCCACUACGAGGCCAGCAUCUCCAACCUGGCACCUACAGGCUCCGAGGUCAUCCGAGUCAAGGCCCUGGACAAGGACAUGGGCAGCAAUGCUGAAAUCAGCUACACUCUGCACUCAGGGAAUAUCGACAACAUCUUCUCCAUAGAUCCAGAGCUGGGCUCCAUCAGUGUGUCUAAACCUUUGGACCUUCAGCCUCAGGACCAGUUCCACUUGACAGUAAAGGCCACAGACCAGGGCUUCCCUCAGCGCAGUGACCUCUGCUCCGUCCACAUCCACAUCCGCAUAUCCGACCAAACCCCACCUACCUUCCCCUCAGAUGAAUACCUAACAGAGAUCAGUGAAUUGAGCACACUUGGAACACCAGUGGUCACCAUCACAGCCUCCAGCCCCGCUGCAGUGCAUUAUGGGAUAGAAAGUGGUAAUCUAAAUGCAACAUUCCAUAUCAACCCCUACAGUGGGUUGAUUUCAGUCCAGAAGCACCUUGAUUUCGAGAACUGUGCCUCUUACAAGCUCCAAGUUACAGCUUCCACCACAGCUGGAGCCUCGUCCAAGACUCUCGUUUACAUCUACGUGAUUGACGAGAAUGACAACGCACCCAUUUUUCAGCAAAGGGAGUACCUGGGGCAAAUAAGUGAGUCAGCUCACAUCAACAGCAUGGUUAUGGGAGAAAGAAACACCCCUCUGGUCAUCCAGGCAUCAGAUGCAGACAGAGAUGCAAAUUCCCUGCUGGCGUAUCAGAUCCUUGAACCGGAGGCCCUCAACGUCUUCAAGAUAGACUCAAGUAUGGGCACUAUCUCUUUAAUUUCACCAGUUGACUUUGAAACCAAGGCAGAGUAUCACUUCACCGUGCAGGUGAAGGACUCAGGGGAGCCAUUGUUUUAUGCAACAGACCCUGCCAAGGUCACUGUUCGUGUUCUGGACCUGAAUGACUGCCCACCACAAUUCACUACGCCUGUGUAUGAGCCAUCCAUCAUAUUCCCAGCUGUCAGGGAUGCAGAGGUUGUGCGCGUCAUGGCCCAUGAUGCUGACUCAGCAGUCUCAUACAGCAUCACCGAGGGGAAUCGUCACAAUGCCUUUUCAAUUCACCCCAAUACUGGAGUCAUCACCGUGAGCAAUGUGUCUGAGUUUAGACCAUUUUAUCAACUGGUUGUCAAAGCCUCUGACGGCCUCUACAAAGACUCAGCUGUCGUCAAGGUAAACGUAACAAACCUAACAGCCAGCGAUCUUGGAUUUGACCAGAAAGCGUAUUCAGUAAGCAUUACAGAAAACCUAAAGACAGUCAAAACUUUGACGGCACUCAAAACCAAAGGUUGUUAUUUAAAUGAGCCUCUUUUAUAUUCUGUGAUAAACCCAAUGGGAAAGUUUGCAAUUUCCGAGACAUCAGGCAUUCUUGAAACAACAGGUAUCCCUUUUGACAGAGAGGAACAAGAUGUUUAUGACGUUGUGGUGAAGGUACAAGACAUGAGAACACCGCCUAGGACAGCUACAACCCAGGUUAAGGUUUUUAUAGAUGAUGUCAAUGACAACUUUCCACAGUUUCUGAACUUGCCCUUUUCAAUGAUGAUUUCUGAAGCCUCUGAGCCAGGAGAUGUUUUGUAUCAAGCAACUGCAAUUGAUAGAGAUCUGGGAGAGAAUGGAUCCAUCAUGUACUCACUGGAGGAGGACUACGACCUCUUCAGGAUAGAUCCUGAUGUAGGGGAUGUUUCCCUCCAAAGGCCUCUUGAUUUCGAAGCUCUGAAUAAGUAUGUGUUGACAGUGUUGGCUAUAGAUGAGGGUCAGCCCAGUCACAGCACAAUGGCACAGCUCAGUAUUCAAGUGAGGAAUCAAACAAACCCAGUUUUCCAGACCCUUCUGUAUCCCCUGAAAGUUCCCGAAAAUGUCCCCCCAUUCACUACCAUCUUACACGUCCAGGCCAGGAAUCCAGAGGGCUAUCGGCUCAUCUACAACCUUGAAGAGGAAAAUGCCUCAAAACACUUUCACAUUGAUUUCAAAACUGGUGUGUUGACAGUCACAAACCCCCUCGACUACGAGAGCCAAACCAUGCAUGUGUUGACAGUUCGAGCUACUGACUCUGUUACUGGAGCUUUUUCAGAGGCCUCCAUUGAAGUAGAAGUAGAAGAUGUGAAUGAUAAUGCACCAGUUUUCUCAAAGCUAACACACUCUGUUAACAUUGCUGAGGGGCUCCCAGUUGGCACCUCUGUGAUACAACUUUCUGCCUCUGAUAGGGACUCUGGCAGAAAUAGAGAUCUUACCUUUCAGGUGGUGAAAACAGAGAGGAACGAGACUGAUUUCUUUGAGGUAGAUCAUAGUGGGUUGAUUGUCACAAAACAGUUGCUGGACCAUGAAAACACAAAAAACUUUAAUUUGAAAAUCAGAGCAACUGACAAUGGCACAGUUCCUCUUAGUAGUGAAGCCUAUGUCUUCGUAAAUAUCACUGAUGUCAACGACAACCCACCAGACUUCGUCAGCUCCCAGUAUGAAGCCACACUGGAUGAAAUGGCAAAGUGUGGCCACAUAGUCAUCAAAAUCCAAGCUUCAGAUCCUGACACUGGGGACCUGAACAACCUCAAGUACAAAAUUCUCUCAGGGAAUGAAGGCCGGUACUUCAACAUCAAUGAAUCCUCAGGAAUCAUCUCCUUUUCUAAUGUCUGCAAGAGGAAUCUGGAUCCUUACUUCAACCUGACAGUGGCUGUGUCCGACGGAGUGUUUCAGAAAACAGCACCAGUCAAUAUUGAGAUGAUGAACAGCAAUAGGCAUAGUCCAUACUUCAAGCAGAGCAUCUAUGAAGCAGAGCUGGCUGAAAAUGCAGAGGCAGGAACCCGUGUGAUCCGAUUAGCGGCCAUUGACCCUGACGAUGGGCCAUAUGGCAGUGUUGACUACACCAUCAUAAACAAACUUGCUGAUGAGAAAUUUGCCAUUGACAAUGGUGGGCAGAUUGUUACGACACAACCAUUGGACAGAGAGAACCCGGGCCAGAGAGUCAUAGCUAUCAAAGUGAUGGCAAAAGAUGGCGGCGGAAAAGUGGCCUUUUGCACAGUGAAGAUUAUUCUCACAGAUGAAAAUGACAACGUUCCUCAGUUCAAAGCAUCAGAAUACCAGGUUUCAAUUCAGUCUACUCUAAAUAAAGGCUCCCCUGUCAUUCAAAUCAUGGCAUAUGAUGCAGAUGAUGGCAAAAAUGCAGACGUCACCUACACAGUAGAUGAAGCCGAAGAGGUGACCGAAGACAUUAUCGAGAUCAACCCUUUCACUGGAGUAGUGAGUGUCAAAGAGAGUCUUGUUGGCAUGGAGAACAGGAUCUUCAACUUCAAAGUCAAAGCUCGCGACGGCAGUCUUCCUUUCUAUAACUCCACGGUCCCUGUUCAGGUCAAAGUGGUUCCUCCUGAGGUUCCUCUCCCAAAGUUCUCAGAGCCUCUCUACACUUUCUCAGCUGCAGAGGACAUCCCCAUAGGGACAGAGAUAGGCUCUGUGAGGGCGGACUCCGACAUGCCCCUUAUUUACAGCCUGGUAAAUGGAAACACUGUGGAAAGCAACAAAGACAAAGUGUUCAGUUUGGACAAAGAAAGUGGAACUUUGCUGUUGCAGAAGACCAUCGAUCAUGAAAAGACAAAAUGGUAUCAGAUAGAUGUGAUGGCUCAGGGGAGCCACAAUGGGACUGAUGUUGCAUCACUGGUGUCAAUCAGCAUCCAGGUCCAAGAUGUGAAUGAUAACCAGCCAAUGUUUGAUGCAAACCCAUACAAGGCUUUCCUGGCUGAAAACAUGCCUGCUGGAACCACUGUUAUUCAGGUGACUGCCAAUGAUCCGGACACAGACAGCAAUGGUCUUGUGACCUACAGCUUGGAGUCUCUACCUGAUGACACCACAGCGGACAUCAGAGAGGUAUUCUCCAUCGAUGGAGACAGCGGCUGGAUCACCACAAUACAGGAGACGGACUGUGAGGCAACCAGGGUUUACAGGUUUAACGUGGUCGCCAUAGACCACGGCGGCGACAUCAAGCUGUCGUCCAGCGUCCUGGUGGAGGUGACAGUGACUGACGAGAACGACAAUCCGCCAAAGUUCUCUGAUGAUGUGUACCGCGGCUCGGUGGUGGAGAACAGCAGCCCUGGUGAAGUCAUUAUCUCCAUGACGACCGUUGAUGCUGACGUGUCACUGGAGAACCGCCUUGUGACCUGUUACAUCACAGAUGGGGACCCUUUGGGCCAGUUUGCCAUCAUCCAGGAGGACGAGGGCGAGUGGGGUUUGAUUGUGAAGGAACCUCUGGACAGAGAGACCAAAGACAGAUACACACUCAAAGUCACGGCCACUGAUGGGAAGUUUGAGGCUCCGGUUAUGGUGGAGGUCCACGUGCUGGACAUCAAUGAUAACAGUCCACUGUGUGAGCAGCUGGUGUACACGGAGGCGGUGAUGGAAAACUCGCCCCCCAGCCUGUUUGUGCUGAAGGUUUCGGCUUCAGAUCCAGACGUGGGAGCUAAUGGCCAAAUCUCCUACACCCUCCACGGUCCUGACGCAGACAAGUUCCAUCUCGACCACAGGACAGGUGAGCUGUUUUCUCUGGCUGUGUUAGACCGGGAGAAGGAGGUUGAGUACAACCUGGUGGCCAAGGCUACGGACGGCGGGGGACAGUCAUGUCAGGCAGACAUACUGUUGAAGAUCCAGGACAUGAAUGACAACCCGCCUCGCUUCUCCUCCAGUCACUACGAGGUCACCGUGUUUGACAACACGACCGUCCGAACUCCCAUCGCUGUCAUAUACGCCAAGGACCCAGACACUGGUAUAAACUCUGAGGUGAAAUACUCCCUCCUGGCGGGCGACAGUGGCUACUUCUCUCUGGACGAGUUUUCGGGGAUCCUGCGGCUGGAGCGACCUCUGACCUCCGACUCCCCGCCCACCUUUGAGCUGAAGGUGAAGGCCACUGAUCGUGGCCUGCCUCGUCACCUCUAUUCCGUUGCCUCAGUGACGGUGGAUGUGGUCUCCCUGGACGACUACCAGCCUGUCUUCCUGAACUCGGAGUACACCGCUCAGAUCCCGGAAUCGUUGGCAGUCGGGUCGGAAGUGCUGAGCGUCUCUGCCCUGACUAGGGAUGGUGGAGGACCAGAUCCCAUUGUCUACCGCAUCGUGUCCGGCAACGAGGGCGGACGGUUCCUGCUGGACUCACGGACAGGACUUAUGACCCUUAUUGCGCCGCUGGACUUUGAAGUGUCCCGGGAGCACUUCCUGUCUGUGGAGGGAAGUCGUGGCAAGUCAUCCCUCAGCGACAUCACCACGGUUAUAAUCAACGUGACCGACGUGAACGACAAUGCGCCAGUGUUUGGCCGAGGCGACUUCAGCACAGAGAUAUUAGAGGAUCUCCCGCCUGGAAGCCUGGUAAUGAAGGUAACGGCCACCGAUCAGGAUGGUCCAAUCAACAAUCUGGUGCGUUACUCCAUAGUGAGCGGAGACCCUCAGCAGCAGUUCUCCAUUCACUCUCGUAGUGGAGAAAUCACUGUCCGCACUGCGCUGGACAGAGAAGAGAUCCCUCAUUACUCUCUGACGGUGCAGGCAGCAGAUGAAGGUGAUCCUCCUCUUUCCUCUGCGGUUCUCAUUACCAUCACGGUCGUCGAUGUUAACGACAACCCACCCCUCUUCUCCCAGGUCAACCACAGUCUGCUGCUACAGGAGGGCGAGUCACUUGGCAGCAGCAUCCUCCAGCUCGUGGUGACGGACAAAGACACGCCCAGGAACGGCCCGCCUUUCUCCUUCCACAUAGUCAGUGGCAACGAGGACCACCGUUUCCACGUUGACCAGGGUGGCCUUUUGUCGCUCUCUGCUCCUCUCAGAAAGAAGGUCAAACGCCAUCACCAGCUCAAGAUUCAAGUGACAGACAGCGGCCACCCUCCCCUUUCCUCCAUCUGCGUGGUCAACAUCAACGUCACAGAGCAGAGUAAGUAUCCACCCUCUGUAGUGCCUAUGGAGGUCUUCAUCACUACAUCUGGCGGACUGUUUGCCAACCGAGUCAUCGGCAGGCUCCACGCCUCAGACCAGGACCUGCAGGACGUCCUGACCUACAAGCUGGUAUCAGAACACCCAGACAAGGGGAGGUUCUCGGUCGACCUGGCUGAUGGCAAGAUCUGGGCAGAUGAAAACCUGGAGGAGGGCUCGUACUCCCUCAACGUCAGCGUGACUGAUGGAAAGUUCAGUGUCUGGACUGGGGUCAGAGUACACGUGUGGGCGGCUGACCAGAGGGUGCUGGACUCCGGCCUGACGUUGCAGCUGGAUGGGUUGUCACCGGAGGAGUUUCUGGGCGACCACUGGAGAGGCCUCCAGCGCAGCCUAGGACAAGCUCUGGGUUUACCCAGACAAGAGCUUCACCUAGCCAGCCUGCAGCAGCUGCCUGACUCCCAGGUCCUGGAGGCCCUGCUGAUCUGGAGGCGUCAGAGUGGAACCGUUCAGUCUCUGCCAACCAACAGACUUGCAGGUAUUAUAUCGGACGUUGAGGACUCUCUGGGUCUCAGGAUCCUCAGGGUGAGCCACAAUGGAUGUCUGGGUACCGGCUGUCCACCGCGAGGCUGCAGGAACGCCGUCCGACUGACAGGAGAAAGACUGAACCAUUUCACCACCGCCAGAGCUGGUUACAUCACCCCAAGACACACAUGGGAGAGCGUCUGUCCAUGUAACGAGUCGGCGGUGAGGUUUGACGGUAAAUCCUACCUGAAGUACCUUCACAGGAUGGAUGAGGACAACCAGGAUUUCAAACUGUCACUGAGCUUCAAGACUCUCCAGGAGCAAGGCCUCAUCAUGUCCACCAACAGCACCAACGACUGGGGAACUUUACAGGUGAUUGAUGGAGAGCUGCAGUUCAGGUUCAGCUGUGGAAACAACUCCCCUGGUUCCUUACUGAUUAAAUCUGAUCCAGUGUCAGACGGCCAGUGGCACAACGUCCUGCUGGAGGUCGACUCCACCGCCCUGAGACUGACCCUGGACCGGCAGCAUCCAGCCUUCACCACCUUGACCGAGCCGUGCCGGAUGAUGCGCGCCCAUGGUGCUUUGCUCUUCUCUUCUUUAGCUCAGGACUCUGCUCAGGAGGUCCAACAGCGCCCAUAUAAUUUCAUUGGCUGCCUAGAGGGCCUGGAGCUCAAUGGGGAGCCAAUUAGGGUGGGUGACACAGCGGAGUGGGCCGGGCUGGGGAGCAGGAGGGUGUUUGGCGUGUACCAGUGCUGCAGCAAGGCAGGAGCCUGUGACAACAACCCCUGUCAGAACAAAGGAGUCUGCGAGGAGGACGCCAGCGGAGAGCCACGCUGCAGGUGUGCAGGACUCUUCUACGGCGCCCGCUGCGAGCUGGCAGACAACCCAUGUGCCUCCCAGCCAUGUGCCCACGGCGAGGAGUGUGUACCCAAGGCUCCAGGUUACAUGUGCAACUGCUCGCUGGACAAUACUGAAGCAGGGUGCCAUAAGGUAAAAAGUGCUGUAUCUCCAAUGAUUGGUUAUGUGGAAAUCAUGGAGAUCAGUGCCAGCGUGCUUGGAUUACUCUUCUUGGUUGCCGUCUUCGUUUGCAUCAGGAAACGUUAUGUUCAGCAGAAGAAGAAAAGGCCCGUCUGUGUCCAGGACUCCAAUGGCUAUUUCACGCCCUGUCUGUCCAAGAGCCUCAAAGCCAAAAACCAAGAAGUCAACCCUAUUGAGAUGAACACAUUGGUCGGUCCCAUCAACGACCUCGACCACACGCCAUUCAGGUCACUUCGCCCAUGCAGCCAGAUCAUUUCAUCAGGAGGCGGGGUUUCCUCUCCAAAGACACAGGGACCGGUAGUGUGCAGUGUUGCCCCCAACCUCCCCACCAGACCGCCGUCCAGCUCAGACAAUGACUCCAUCAGGAAGAACCACUGGGAUAUGGACUACGAAGUUUAUCCAGCUGACCCAGACUACUAUGGCCGCCCAGCAGUUCAGGAGUUCCCUCAGUUUGACAUCGUAGAAGACACCUACUCCACCUCCACCAUGGACUCGCGGAGGAACUCUCGAUUCGGUGGCUUCCCGUUCCCGCUAGAUCGCUGUGACCGUCGCGCUCCCCUACCGCCCUGCUACAGCAACCAGAACCUGGACGACUUCCUGGGUCCCGACGGGCUUCCUCUUCCCAGCUCCCAGUGCCCCAACGAGUACACCGCCAUCAGCUAUUACCCAACGCAGCACACCCGCAGCCUCGAUAACGUCUCGGGAGGAUACAAGAGACUCAGCAUGCGUCUGAGUGUGGCUAUGCCAUCGUAUGCAGAGCAGGCCAGCCCGCCGCCGCCGGCGAACUCCGCUCAGCCUCAAACGCGGCAAGCAGGACAGAACCCGCGCAGCUAUGACGAGUCGAGCAUUGUGGAGAGCGAUUAUGGGAGCUGCGAGGAGGUGAUGUUUUAAGUUUUGUUUUGAAGCCUUGUUCUUUCCGGUGAUUAUUCACUUUUAGUUUCAUAUGGGAACCUAAGCAGUACAAGUACACGCCACUAUGUUCUACUACUCCAUUCUAAGGCAGGUUUGUGUAAAAGUACACUUCUCAGAUGGGACUCUUUGAAACUAAUGAAGAGCAGCUCAGCAGUCUCUCACUGUGAGAGUCUUUUUUUUUUUUUUUUCCCCCAUUCUGACAGAGAUGAAAGCACCAUGUGAAACAAAAGUUCAGAUGUCUUUCAUUUGUUUGACUUGCAUCAGACUAGACCGGGUAAUUUCAAGAACCCCUCGGUUACCUCCGCGGAAGAGGUUCAGCAGAAGUUCAUCCCUUUAUCUGAGAGACGCCGCCGAGAGCGCUUGUUAACUUGUUAUGGGUUGUCAAAUCGUGAACAGUAUUACUGCUUGACUGUUUCAAAUUCAGAAUAAAGCAAAACAAGACAUUUUUUAAGCUUCGACGUGGGACAACCGACUCUUGGAGGAGGAAUAUGCCAAACACCUGCGUAGCAAACACACAUUUCACUUCUCACCCUUGUCUAAAAAGAAAACCAUUCCAAAAACAUCAAUUUCAGAUAAUGGUAUGUUUCAGAUAAUGGUAUGUUUACUACACACCAUAUGAUGUGAUUGAACGUGAGAAUGCAGACACGAGGAAAAUACAGUUGCAACUUGGCAUUCAGACAACAGAGUACAUACAGAAAGGCCUUUGUGAUUAAAUCCGGACAGAGCUUUGGUGAGGACUGUUGCAAUGUAUGAAAUGUAAAUGACCAAUGGGGUUUAUCAUAGCCACAUUCUGCUGGAUGUUCAUGUUUAUAUGAAAUGCUUUUCACAACCCUGUCAUAAAAGAACUGAAUGUCAGAAAAACACACAGGUUUAAUGUGUGUCUAAUGUUGGCCUACUAUUUCAUAUUUAAAAUGUAUUAAAAAAGACGCAGGAUAAAUAUUUCAUUGAAUUUUAAUCUGCUUACUGUUGCUCUUGUUUAUUGUUGUUGUUUGUUACAAUGAAACGGGGCUGGAUCCUCAUUUAAAAAAAAAAAAAAGUGGGACAAGGUGAUGUCAGUCAUGAAAUAGAUGUACUUUAUAUUCGAGUGUUACUGGUAUCAAUGCCGUUUCCAUUACUGUAAAAUUCUGUAGGUAAGCAUCUCAUCGUGGAUUUUAAUUAGUGUGAACUAGAUUACAGUAUUUUCUUUGGAGGAGACACUGCAGUGUUGCUGCCCUUGAUGGUAAAAGGAACACUUCAUGUGGAGUAGUUUUUGCAGCUGUAAAGAAAUGUCUACACAGCCAUUUUAAAUGGUAAAUAUGCAAGCCUCAAAGAAAUGCUUGUUUUGGUCAAGAGGUUGUUAAAUAUUAAAAAGUAAGUUUUAUACUGAAUAGUAGAGACGAUGUUUAGCCUGAACAGCAUUUCCUAAAUUCAGAGUUGUGAUAUCACAUCAGAACUUCUUUUACAAGAAUUUAGAGCACCAACUAUUAUAUUAUGUGUCAAUAAUCUGCUGAUUCAGGUGGAGCUGGCAAUUGUUUGGCAUUUUUGCUUGAAAGAAUGGGUUCUUAAACAAUAGUUGUAUUAAUUUCUGCUCACCGACUAUUCAUUUCACCUUUAAUCGUCAAUCUUUUCAGAAAAAUGUAUUAAAAUAAUGAAAACUUAACAUUAUAACUACAACUUGCUCCCAAAUUAAUUUUUGAAUGUUAAAAAAGUAUUUGAUUUUUCCAUGUGAAGUGGAAAAAUGUUUUUCAGUUGUAUUGUUGAUCCAGGAUCAAUUGAAUUAUCAUUUCAGCUUCGAAAUAAUUCAUGGAUUUCUCAGUGUUUUCUAAUUAACUGCACUCACAAAAAGAAAACUUACUGUGAAAGCCAAGGAUUUCCCCUUUUAGUAAACUGAACAAAUAGUGUGACAGUCUCUGUGCUUUGUUUAGGUAUAACAUACUGUAUGUGUUAGUAUAGCUCAACACCACAUGCAUUAUGUAUAAGUUGACACAAGUGUAAUGAAAACAUGUUUCAAUUUGGCCACUCAGCAGCCUGUUCCUCAGUCUAUAUUCAGACAUGAAGAGCAAAUCCAUUCCAUAGCUUUAACAACCAACAUCAGCAAGAGAUUGUACUGUCCAAACACCACAAAACCUGGAUCAGGUCGUUUGUGAAUUCCAGUGAAGAUUGACUGCCUCAAAGAUCACAUCUGAAAGACAAAUCGGUUUAUCCAGCUGUUUGGACAGUUUGUGUUUUGGGAAACGAUGGAGAACGUGUACACAGUGUUUACUGCUGCUUCCUCCAUGUAAACGUGUUGGGGAUGCAGAUGAUGCUUGUACUUGGAGAAAGACAUUUGUUGUAACAUGUAGGUGUUAACGAACAUCAGGGUGGCUAGACAGGUCAUCACUCUAGUUUAACUGUGACUCUCUCAGUCGUUCUUAACGUCCUAACUGCCAAAUUUCUCCCUAAAUCAAAUUGAUUUCUGAAGAAGGACGACAAAUAAAUUAGGCUUUGGAAGCAAAAUUCGGGAUGCAUUCAGAGAGACUUGGAGGAUCACUUCAGUUUAUCUGAUGCACAGAGGCCAAAUCUUGCUUACAAACAAACUAUAGCUUUGUGAUGUGUUUAACCCAGGCUGGCACAAUUUAACAAACAAACACGAACGUAUUUAGCAAAAUCUGGGAAUGUGUCACUAAAUCCUCUCAACAGUUUAACUGCCAUUGUUGUUGUGUGCUGUGGGUAAAUGUCCAAUGUGUGUCUAUCACUGGUGGUUAAACUGUGAAAUAUAUUUUUUUUCAGUCCUUUGUAGAAAUAAUCUGCAGGUAUUGUGUUGUACAUGCAGUCUGUAUCUGUGUGUUGCUGUUGUAGGUUGUGCAGAAUAUGACUUUACUUGAAUGUAAGUUACAUUUGUUUUCAUUCAUAAAGUUUAUUUUUGUAUCAAUGUGGGCCUCCCCAUGUUUUGCUCUGUUGUUUCUCUGUGAGAGAUUUUUAUUAAGAUGCCGUCUUUCCGUUUUUGUUUUUCAACAUUGUAAAGAGUAUAUGAAUAAAGAUAUUAUCUUCUAUGAACACUGAA